ACAGAUGGUUGAGUGACUUUCCUCCUGGGGACACUUUGCUCUUUUCCCAAACUUCUUGUCUCCUUCACAACAGACUGGGCUACUUUUGUUUUUCCUUUUCCUUCCCCCCAAAAUAUUUUUUUUAAUUUUACUCCUGAGCUUUUUCAGAAUUUUUUUUUCCCUUCUCCUUGGACCCCAAAAACUUCUGUGCUUAAUAUCCUUGUGAGAUCAGACAACAGCUCAUUGACUCGGUGAGGACGGUGGAGCUAACCAUGCCCUCCGACUUUCUAACACCUUUCCUGGAACUAGAUGAGGAGUUCUGCAAGAAUUUCCGCAGCCUGGAGGCGACAGAUGGCUCGUCUACCAGCUCCCAGCAGCAACGGCAGCAGCACAGUCAAAGGGUGCUCGGCUUCCAGCGACGUCACUCUCUCUGCCCUGUGACCCUCCCAAACUCCAAGUUCAACAGCAGCAGUUGUGAGAUGACCGAGUCAGCCUGUUGGGGCCUAAAUGUGACCUCCAACCAGCAGUGGAGCAGGGAGGGUCAGCUUCCCCGCUCCUCGCUCAGCCACAUCCCCUUCAGAGUUGACCGCUCAGUCAGCAUGAUCGAGGGCAACAGUUUGGGAGGGAGAGAGGACAAAGCAGCCAACUUGUCCCCACCACUGCUACUCCCCCCACCUGGCCUAUGCAUCAGUAACACCUCCAUCUCCUCAGCUGCUUCCUCCAGACCCACGCUGCCUCCACCACCACCACCACCACACAUCUCCACUCGAUACAAGACGGAACUGUGCCGCACAUAUGAGGAAAGCGGGGCCUGCAAGUACGGUGCCAAGUGCCAGUUUGCUCACGGCAUGGACGAGCUGAGAGGCCUCAACCGUCAUCCCAAAUAUAAGACAGAGCCCUGCCGCACGUUCCACACCAUAGGCUUCUGUCCGUACGGUGCCCGCUGCCACUUCAUUCACAACGCGGAUGAGCUCAAUGCUGCUGCGUCUCCACAGAAGCAGAAGCUCAGGCCUCCUCUGCUGCGCCACAGCCUCAGCUUCGCAGGCUUCUCCUCCUCUCCGCAGACCUUCCAGCCAGUAAAGGAGUCACAGCCUUGCUCCUUCCUUUUCACCAGGGCCUCCUCUGUCUCUCCUCCUCCGUCCUCUGUAGGAAGCCCUGAGCUCCUUUCCCCUCGCUUUCCCGAACCCGGCCCACUGAAGCAUUACCCCUUCCCCUUCUCUGGCAUCGGUGACCUGGCUGGUGACAGCGGUGAUUCAGCUCUGCGCUUCUUCGCCGUGACCGAUUCUGUCAGCGCCCGGUGUCCCACCUCAACUUUCACACCCAAAAGCCUCCCUUACCUCCUCCCCCAACAGCCUCCAGCCUCCCUGAAUGCCUGUCCCAGCCUUCAGCGCUGCUCCUCAGCUGACUCCCUCUCUGAAGAGGGCUACACAUCCUCCUGCUCCCUCAGCUCUUCCUCCAGUGGCACAGAGUCACCGAGCUUCGAGGGCCGACGACUACCCAUCUUCAGCCGCCUUUCUGUUUCAGAUGAGUAGGGAAGGGUUUUACUGUAGGGCUGAAUUUAAUCAGGGAUAUAUAGUCUAAUAGUUUUAACUCUAUGUGGCCAGUAUAUGAUGUUGGUCUUUUCACAAAGAAUUAAGACAUUGGGUUUUCUGUUCCCUCUUAAAUCCAGCAGAGUACCUAUCUUUGUGCAUAUUGCAUUUUUCAUCCAAGCAGUUGUAGCGCUGCUCAGUGUUCGUCCAGUUUAAGCUGACUUUUCCUUUUUUUUCUUUUCUUAAGCUUGUUUUUCAUGCCGUUGUUACUGCUGUAUACUGUUGUAUACCCAUUUUUAGGGACUACUCUGAGGGUUCUUCACUCAGCUCAGCAUUCAUCCUUAUGCUGUUCCUGCUCAGAGGGGAGUUCUGUGUGAGAAUUCCCUGUACCCUUAUUUAUGAAGGAAUUUAACAUUAGUGCUGUUCGCUCUGUACUGUUGGGUUUAUUUGCAGGUCAGUUUCAACAAUGCAAGCCUACAGCACUUCUCCAGUCAUAUUUUGGGCAGUUUAACUGUAAUUCUUUCCAGCUUCUUGUCCAAGACGGUUGAAUAACUGUAUGCUGCCACUGACUGAUCAAUUGAUUGUAUGUCAGCUACUUUAAAUGCUUUAGCAACAAAAUCUAGCCCAGGUGUAGGCAUCCCACUGACUCUAGUUACCAAAGUUAGAGUUCUCCUAACCUACUAGUACUGCUAGCCACGGCAGGUGAUACACAGUGUUAUAAUUAUUACUAUAGCCUAACACUUUUUUUAGCCAUAUUUAUUGCUUUGUGUAAGAUUUAUUGUUCAUGUCAUGUUUGCUUUGUGAUUGUGUUUAUGCAUUCUUAAUAAUGCCUGAGAAAUUAUGCUUUACUUAUGCAUUCAUUUUGUCCAUCUGCUUGGUUUUACACUUUCCAGUAGCUUUAAGAAGGCUUGCGGAGAGGAGAGGGAAGGAGGACGUGAAACAUUUUGGCAUUCUGUAUUUAUGUUGCCUUACUGGCUUAUAGGCCUGACAGAAAUCAAGACUCGCUGAGCUUUCACGCCACAAGCAGUGCAGUGCCUUCUCCAGCAUCCUCUGCCAUUUGGUGUCGGUGUGAGCGCACAGCGAGUCUACUCUCCUCUCCGUUAAGCCUCACGUCCUGAUCCACGUAACAUUUUCUUCAACUGAUAAAUCCUGUUAAACAUAAAGCAAAACAAGACUUUGAUGUGAGCCAGCAGUGGCAACUAAAAAUGUCGGUACAUUAUGAGAUACACCAAAACCACCAAGAGAACGAAAACAUCUUUUGUAAUGUGUGAAAAGUGCGGUGAUGUCCUGCACAUGAGGACCGUUGUGUCUCGUGGUCAAAAUUUUUUAUAGUUUGUUUUAUAGUUGACUUUAAUCUAUCCGAGUUGGUUUAAUGACAAUGUGUUUGGUCGACCUCUGUUGCACGCUAGCUUGCCAAGUCUCUGAGUGGCAGGUGAAAUCACGCGAGUUCAAAUAAAAUUUAGGCCAGAUUUAAAUUUUUUUUUUGUUCAUGAAAAUUCUCUGACCUGUCCUGAGUCCAGAGAGGCUUCUUGUUGCUGUAGCUUGUUGCUGGCUUGACAGCGAGCUGUGUUUGUAACUUUUAACUUAAAGUCUUAUUUAUUUUGAUUUUCAAAGCAGAACCUAUAUUGUGUUGUUGGAUAAUGCGUGUUUUGAUUUACAUAAUUUAAGUGCAUCUAUUGUUUACAUUCCAUGGGUUAUGUUGAUAUGCUAGCUCUUUAUCUUAAUAUAUAUGUCCACCUUUAUUUCAAAAUAA